AAUUCUGAACAUACUAAUAGAGUUUUGUCGUAUGUUAGUGGUAGACACGGUUUAGGAUAAUUUAGUUUUAUUUUAUUUUUCUGAAGUUAGUUUGUGUGAUUGUAACUAUUUUAUUAUGAAGCACUAUUGCUUCUCUUAGUCGGUGAUAAGUAUCUCUAGAAAAGCUAAAAAUGUCCCUCGUGGAUAGUCUAAAGGAGCUGGGUUGGUACUUGAGUGAGGAAGGCAUUGAAGAAGUAAGCGAAAAUGGACAAAUUCAGGACAUUCACGUAAUAUGCAGAAGAGCUUUAGACUUUGAUUUAAGAGAUAUAGCUGAAGCAGCAUUCCCUGAAGAUUUUCUAAAAGAACCUUCAAAGUUGGAACAACCAGUGGUUGUGCAAAUUCAAAAGAUUCGCAAUGUGUCAGCCCCAAAAGCCAAUGAAGAAUCCACAUCUGCACCACGGAUGUUGAAGCUAGUUUUACAUGAUGGUAAAUCUACUUGCACAGCAUUAGAAACUUGUCCAAUACCAAGUCUAAGUAUAAACACUCCACCCGGCACCAAGAUACUGCUGCAUCAUGAAGGACUGACAGUAUGUCACAAUGUAAUCUGGUUGACACCAGAAAUUGUUUCUGUGUUAGGUGGAAAGGUUCCCCAUAUGAUUGAGAAAUGGGAAUUAAAUAGAAGUCUCGCUAAACAUACAAGAGGAGGAGUGGAAGGUGGCCCACCGCCAUGGAUCCCAUUUGGACAAAGGCUUGAAGCCAAUCCACUUGACAAACAAUUUAAAAGCUUACAAGAGGGACCAAAACCUGAUAAUCCAGAGUUUGAAGCCCAAAGGAAAGGUGCGAUUGCUGAGGCUCAGCGACUAUCAGGUGUUAAGAAGGUAUUUGGAGGUGGUACAAAGCCACUAUUGGAUGCCAAUGUCCAGAAGAUUGUAGAUGCUGGAUUUUCAGAAGAACAAGCUGAGAAUGCUUUAAAGUAUACAAAAAAUAAUGUUGACAGAGCAUUGAGAAUAUUGCAGAAGAGAGACAACUCUGAGCAACGCAAAGAAAAGCAAAAGGAAUCUGAGCCUCCGAAACGAAAGGGGCGGAACAGGGAUAGGGAUAGGGAUCGGGAUAACAACAAUGAUGAUGAUGGCCUUCCAGUGAAACCAUCUGGUAAAGUCUCUCUGUUUGAUUUCUUGGAGGACAAAUUACCUAAUAUGCCAGAUAAAGAAAAAGAAAAAAUUAGUAGGGGAGAUAAUCAGUCAAGUAAGGACGAUCGAGCAAAUCAGGAUCGUAAUUAUGGUAGCCGAGACAGAAAUAACCGGCAUAACACUCGUUCACAUGGUCCAAGACAUGAUGCUCACAAGAGAUCUGACAAUAGAGGUCACUAUUCCAAUGAUAACCAUCACUCAUCAUAUAGGGAAGAGAGGAAAUAUCAAACCCAGGCUGAAACACCACCGAGGUUUCAGAAGAAGUUUGAAGAGAUGAACAAACAGCACAAUAAUAAUUUUCAGAAUAAAAACCAUUACAAUAAUAGGAGAAAUGAUAGAAACUUAAAUGAUAACAACACACAUCAAAACACACAACCAUACAACAAUAUACCCACUAUGGAUAGCUUAGUUGAGGCAACAGCUAACUUAAAUAUGAUGUCAAAUAAUGUCCGGCCUAAUGAAGAGCCUAUAGCACAACAAAAUUUCCAACCACAAGCAGAUCAACUGUAUUCAUCAAAACCCCCCUAUGUACCGAACCAAAAUGUACAGGAUAUGCAGGGAUUUAGAAAUGAUAAUGAAAUAUCUAAGUAUCAGGAACAAAGAUAUCAGCAAAGGCGACAACAAUCCAACGGGUAUAUAGAGCCCCAACAUCCCCCUCCGAAUGCUAUAUACCCCAAUAUAAAUUACAUGGCGAAUAUGCAAGGAGCUUAUAACGGUAGACAAUAUGGAUAUGCGGCGAGGCCUCAAGAGUAUAAUACGUUGCGUUCGGGCGCACCUUUCUUACAAGGAUCCUUGCUUGGGUUCCAAAAUGCAGCAGUGAAUGAACAAGCUCGUGCAAUGCUGGGUGUGGCUGAUAUCAAUUGGAAAGUGGGCGAUCGCUGCUUAGCACUCUAUUGGGAAGAUAAUAAUUUUUACGAAGCAGAAAUCACUGGUAUAUCUGCCAAUACAGUUGUGGUUAAAUUUUGUGCAUAUGGUAAUCAUGAAGAAAUUCUAAAAUGCAAUUGCUUGCCGUACCCAAUCCAAGGUCUUGCUCCAAACGGAGCCGGCGCCCCGGGUAGCGGGUACCCGCGCUCGCUCGCGGGGCGGCGCCCGUAGUGGCGCGGGGCGGCGCCCCCUCCCGCCGCCCGGUGUCCGCACGCACACACACUCGCUGCAGCCUCGCUCCUGGCCAGCUGACCACCUAACAUGUGGUCCUCUACUCAAAUGUCUUCAGUAGCGAAAUUUAUGUACAGGUUGAUCACCGUUACUUUUUGCUUAGUUUUAAUUUGCUACAAAGAAAUCAAAGUGUAGCGAAGGACAUAAACAGUGUGUGCAUCAAGAAUCUUACCAGCAAGACUUUAUAUGAGAUUCUGUGGAAACAUUAUAUAUUAUUACUGCCUAUGAAUACCAAUAAGUUCAUAUUUUGCCCUACCUAAAGAAUAGAUUAACUUUAUAACUGUUUACGGGUUUCUUAUACUAACGCUUACAUUCUGCGUUUUGUAAAUAUACCUAAAUACAUUUUUGAGCGAAAAAAAAUUAAUACAAAUUUGUAGUAUACAUACAAAGAAAAAUACAAUCUACUGAACUGGCUUUAGAUAAUGCUCUUCCUUAAACUUUUGAGUUACCUAUAUAUGUAUAUGUUUCUUGUGAUAUGUUUAUUAUUGUUUAAACAUCUCUUGAAAGUGCUAUAGUAUUGUAAUGUAUUUCGAAAGUUGACCGUAGAAUGUAUGACUGUAAAAAUAUGUUCUGAAUUUUUAAUGAACAUUAUCAAAAUGGCUCAAAAUGGCAUCUAAAAACUUUUAUGCAAGAAUACUCUAUUAUGAAGCCAAGCUGCAGUCAUGUUUAAAUAUGCAUUGUUUUAAGUUGGGCUUUAAUGGAAUUUGCUGCAAGUAAAAAAUAAUAAAAUGAAAACAAAAAAUUUGAAAUGUAGUGAUUAAAAUAGGUAAUGGAAAGGCGAUUAUUAGUUUUCUAUCUCACCAACUGCACAAGGCACAUUAAAUUUUUAUACAAUCAGGAAAAGUCUUCAUUGCAGCGUUUUACGUGAAGUGGUGCCAGUUUUGGUACAGUUACUGCCUUGUUUAUCAAAUCAUCCGCUUAUUACUUGUACAUUAUUCACCAAGGGUGAAUUUGCGAGGGACAAGACGAAGUCGAGUGCCUCUAUUGAGGCUGUCUCUCACCCAGUGGUACGGUCGCGCACGAAGUUGUCGGGCUAUAGUAUUAUGUUUCAUUCGACAGAAAGUGCGAUUCCUCAACUUAACUAAAUUUAGUUAAGUUGAGGAAUCGCACUUUUUUCUAACUAAAUUUAGUUAGGUUGAGGAAUCGCACUUACUAAAGAUGUCAACGGGUAGCGGGUGGUGUUUCGGGGACGGGCAACGCGUGAGACUGACGCCAAUGCAGUGGGUUGUAGAGGUGUUCGCAACGGCUAUAAAUCGCGUUAUAACGAUACGCUACUUUUAAAACGACUAUUAUUUUAUUACACUUUAAUAUAUUAGUUCGGUUGCAAAAUGAAGCUAGUGUCGUGUUCUGUUAAAUAUCAUCCAAAUAUUAUUGAUUUGGAUAAAAUAUACCUAUUAUACAUAUAGAUUUUAUUUAUGCAAUAUAAAUAAUACAUUGUUUCAGUUUAUGUACUCUAUUUAAGUAAAACUCAUUUACACAAAACUAAAAGAUAAUUUUUAUACUUACAAGAACUCAAUAACCGAUUCAAAAUCACUCAUAAACACACGAUAAUGUACCAAAUACUACUAAUAACCUAAAUCAUUAAUCAAAAUACGUCAUACGAAGUCAAGUGAUCCGCAAGCGCCAACAAAAUACAAAUAUAUUUGGUUAUAAACGCACUGAUAUCAUAUUUGAACGUAAAAUAAUCUAACGCGGUGCAUAGCCGAACAAAAUAGCAUAAUUUGGCAGGUGACAAAAAUAGCUUGCCAGUUUUAAUAAAUAAUAGGUU